AACAGAAAUUUCGGAAAUUCCGCUAGUUCAACACAAUUUAAAACAACCUAAAAUUGUCAGUGAAAACAGGGGAACAAAGGGAUAAAAGUUCGUACCGUGUGCGUGUGAUAAAAGUUGAGUGUGUCUGUGAGAGUGUGUGUGCGCGCAAAAAGAAUAGAGAAAGCAAAGCAUCCCGAAGGAGUGGCACACAAAGUGUUUGCAUAACUUAAUAAUUAUUCGAUAUGAUGAUUUCAGACAGUCAGAAAAAAGGACUGCGGGAGUUACUUCUAAAUGACAAUAACUUAACUGUCCUGCUACAGUUGGCCAAAUGCGCCACCAAAAAUGUGUGCAAAACCGAAGACCCGGAGGAGGCCCUUCGUCUGAUCACUACACACAUUCCAGACAUUUACGUACUGCUUUCCAAGCGCGCUAUAACGAAGGAACUCCUCUUUACGUAUUUGAGCAAUCGACGCGCUGACGCAGGCACAGACUUUAGCAAGGCAGACCUCAUAGAAAAGGUUAUACAGUAUUGGAAGCAGGAGCAUCAAUCAAGCAUAGAGCUUUCCGGAGACCAGACAUCCAGCUCACUUCAUAAUCAGAGCGAAGAGGAUUAUCCCAUUAACAAGAUUGCGCGCAAGUUCGGCGAGUGGUUCUUCGAACGCAUCAACGCAGACGCCCUCAGUCUGGUGGAUUUGUGGGCAGAUGCGACCCUACAUCUCACGAUCAGAGCCAGUGAUGGAAUCAAUGAGUGGGAGUGUACGACGGCUGCCGAGGUGUUAUCGGCACUAACGAGCGCUAAGCAGCAGUUUGACUUUUACUUUAAUCCGAACCUGACGCACGCCGGAAUUCAAGGUCGAAUGGACUCGUACGGGCAGUUCUUAGUGAUCUGCUUCGGCACUCUGCACUCCCGUGACAGCUGCGUCGGAAUCUUUGAAUGUGCCUUCGGGCUACUGCGGGACCCCUUGGCUGACAACAACUGGAAACCCAAAAAAGUGAAGUGAUUACUUAAAAUGGAAGCUCAGCCCCCAGCCCCCUAUCUGUGCUCGAGCGAAAUUCCGCACACAGCUCUGGAGCAUGUUCUGUUCGAUCACGAAUAUUCCCAAAGAACUCGAAAGUCCAUUGAGCAAACAAGAAUAUUUCUCGAAUCCUUUCUCUUGUUGACCUACCUAAAUCCAAAUAGUUUCUCAAACUAUAAUCGUCGCUUCUGAGGAUUAGAUGUAUAUCCUAACAAAUACCCCUUGU